AAUUACAAUAAUUUAUCCUUCCCCUCAAAGCUACUUUAUUCAUUUGAUUUACCCCCCUAUGUUCCUAGUUGAUGAAUCGGCUGGCUGUUAGCUUGUUACGUCUUUCCUAGUAGGACAGAGAAAAUCUAAGAUGUCAGGUAGUAAAGAUCUUUCAGUUAGUGAUUCUGCAAAUUUACGAAUCCUAGAAAUCUUGAGGCCAUCCUCAGUUGCAGAGAAAACUCCAGUAAUGUCAGAUAAUAAGACUCUAGUAUUGUCAGAUAAUAAGGAGCUGUCAAUCAGCGACCCAAGGUUCCGAAUCACGCCGUAUCAGCAAAUGGCCGCCUCCACAACAGGAGCUUUGGCCACGUCCUUGAUAAUGACUCCUCUAGACGUUGUCAAGAUAAGAUUGCAAACUCAGAAGUAUACAAAGUUUAGAAUUACUGAAAACAAGCCGUGUGUCUUGUACUAUUGCAACGGUCUGAUGGAUCAUUGGUGUCCUUGUGAGAGAGCGGGAAAUAAGUGGUACAACAGGCCUGGCAAUUUCAACGGAACUCUGGAUGCCAUAGUGAAGAUUUCUCGUGCUGAAGGAGUUACAUCUCUGUGGGCUGGCCUGAGCCCAACACUUGUACUUGCUUUGCCAGCAACUGUUGUGUACUUUGUAACGUAUGAACAACUUCGCACCAGGCUGUGUGAUUACAUGUGUGUAAAGAGGGAAGAUCAGCCCAUCUGGAUCCCGAUGCUGUCAGGGGGAACCGCUCGAUUUUGGGCUGUGACUAUUGUCAACCCUCUUGAACUGAUGAGGACUAGAAUGCAGGCUCAAAAGUUGAGCUGGAGACAAAUCCGGAACACUUUUGGGGACCUGUUAAAGAAGGAUGGAGUCAAAGGUCUGUUCAAAGGCCUUACACCUACACUACUGCGGGAUGUGCCCUUUUCAGGGAUAUACUGGGCGACAUAUGAAACAAUCAACGCUAGCUAUCCUCAACAACAUCAGGGAUCAUUUGGCCCAUCUUUCUUGGGUGGUAGCCUUGCAGGAUCAAUUGCUGCCUUGGUGACCACCCCUUUUGAUGUCGUAAAAACACAUCAACAAGUGGCUCUUGCCGAAGAGUUGAUAACAAAAAAAGGAAUGAAGAGAUCGACGUUCACUAUCAUGAAAGACAUCUACAGAGUGAACGGUCUCUCUGGCAUUUUUGCUGGACUAACACCAAGAGUUCUGAAGGUGGCACCAGCCUGUGCUAUAAUGGUAUCAACUUUUGAGUAUGGAAAGUUAUUCUUCCAAAAACAAAACUACGAACUUUACCUGCUAGUCAAUAAACAUGAGCUGUAACUUUAUAUUCUGUGGACAUUAUAAGCAAUGAGCUUAAUUUAGCAUGAUGCUAAUGAAAUACUCAAAACAUUUUAGGUACCUUUAUGUAUCUAUUGUUACAUUUGUUUCUCAUUCUUUCUUAUAGUUUGCCUCGUCCUAUGUAUUCUCAAGAAAUAUUAGAUACUUUUGUAUAUCUAUAAUUACUUUAGUUUUGGUUUGUAUGUCAUAGUUAAAUCUUGUUCUUUGUUUCCUCAAGAUUUUUUAGAUACUUUUCUGUAUCUAUUCUUUCAUUUGUGUUUGUUUGUUCUCUUUGUUAAACUCAGUUCUUUGUAUUCUCAUGUUUGUUUGUAAUUUAAUUGAGCAUUGAUGUAAGGUAUCAAAGUUGUAACAGUCCUUUGCGGCCAUUACUUACAUCACAUAUCCUUUAAUUUAAGUCAUAGCUUUAGACUGAUGUGAUGUGAUACUAGUUUUAAGUUAUUCAUCAGAUACGGAUAUCAAAACAUAAUUUGUGUUACCUUUUGUUUGUUCUUUGCCAUUAAAUUUAAUGUUAUCUUUUAUAUAGCUAUUUCAAUGAUAUCGCCAAUAGAAACAAAAAAAAAAUACAUGGAUUGAGUUUUUGAGUGUAAUGAUGGCCAAAACCAGAAAUUUAUAAACUGAAACUUCAAAAAUUAAAUCUAAAAUCAUCAGUCACAAACACAUAUACUACUAAACGUGCCUAUAAAAAAACCAUAGAAAAUAAAUCUUGGUAAUUGUAGAACUUUUUAAUUCUAUGGAUAUAUUUUGAUUGAAUUUUGCAAAUUCGUUUAUUUCAUACUAAGCUAAGCUAUGAACAUUUCAAUAAAAAAAACACCUUAUUAAAACACAUUGAUGCACUAAUGUUACUUUUUAACACUAUAAAAAGUUGUGGGACUGCAUUGUAGUUGGUAUUUCAGCAUGAUCAAUUUCGGCAGAUCAAAUCUCAAAACCAAAACUUUUCAAAGCUUUGGUGGUUUCUAAAUUUGACUUUUGGUUUUGACACAUCAACAUGAGGGGAUAAAAAAAAAAAACUACAUGAGUUUUGACAUUUCUCAAAGGCUAAUAUUAAGUAAAAAGUUCCAAUGUUUUAUCUUCUCCCUUUACUCAUACAUAAAGUUACCUUAACCAAAUUACGAUUAGCUUAUAGUAGUAGAGCUAUUAGCACAACUACUUUUUGUCAGGAAGUUGUGUAAUGUCUAGUUAUAUUAAGAAUGUGCAUAUUGUACAACUUGUACAUUGUUGAAAAGUUAAGUUAAGUUUUGGAGGAGUACUGUUACACAUUGUUGGGUACCCACUCGGUCGUAGAAACCCAUAAAACCAUGAAUGGUACGUGAAUUUUGUCAAUCCUUUAAAACCCUGGAUUGAGCUGUUAGUUUUUUGGUUAAAUCUCUAAAAUUGGGAUGUGCAGAUUUUUAAUCCUUACAGCUUUCAAUACAGGUGGUAUAAAAAAACAUCUAUUUAUUAGCAAUCUGAAACCGGCUUAAGCACCUGAUCUUUAUCAACUUCACUAAAAUCAUGAAAAUAUGGUUAUAAAGAGAACAAACAGAGAAUUUCAUUUUCAUUUCUAGUCUGUGUGGGGACCCUGUACUUGUUACUCCUUGAAUUUGUUGUACCUGUGAAUUUAAUAAUAGCAAAGUCUAUUUUUAUGAUACCAACAUAGUAUUCUCUUGUUAAUUUUGAUAAUAAAAAAACUUAACUUA